AUGCGCGCGUUGCAUCACCGCGAGGACCUGCACGUGGCACAGGGCGAGGAGGUUGUGUUGUCGUGCGUCGUCACGGGACGGCCAGCUCCUCUCAUCACCUGGUACGUGAACAGCACUCACCAGCUGGGACUGUGGGACGCUGUCGCCGGUCGAGGCGUUAUCCACAAAAGCAGACGAAACUCACGUCUACACCUCUCCAAUAUGCAACCAACUGACUCAGGCAACUACUCAUGUCUAGCUGAAAACGUCAACGGUUACAUUAAAAAGACUGUGCAGAUUCGAGUUCAUCCCUGCUACCGAUACUGCCUUCAUGGCUACUGCAACCUCGUUGAUGGGAGACCUUCGUGCAGAUGCAAACGUGGAUAUUUGGGUCGACGAUGCGAGGUAACCACUGCUGCUGCUGCUGCUUGCAUACUUAAAAAUAAAGCGGACUCGCAUGAAAGAGCAUGUUUUCAAGGCGACUCACGAGUUCUACUGUUGUCGUACAAAUGCUGUGACCAAUUUUAUGGGCGCCUCGUACUAUUUUCUACCCUCGGAGGCCUCCUAUCCCUCCUUCUCCUCCUUCUAAUUGUUUGUUUGUGCGUGAAGAAGAAAUCGAUUCCCUUGCGCUUUUCCACUCUGCAGGCGCCUUCAGCGACUCCAAUCCAACUUCCAAAUCUACCGGAACACCCCGGUAAUUUCCCACGCGCUCUCGCCACUCCUCAACUCCCCAACCCCUACACAGAAGCGCCCACGCUCGUUCCCUCCCCAAUAACUGGCUUCCACGUCGUUUCCAGGCCCUUCCUAACCACGUCAAGUCCCCGUGCUGCU